CAAUUUACAGUUGGCCAUCCCUAGUUCAGGACUUCAACCUCUGCUGAUUUAGCAAGAAGAACGGCUGAGCUCAAAAUGACCGAAAAGUUUGAGCUCUUUGUCCCAAAACUAGAGGAAUUAUCUGAAGUGUUGCAGAAUGGACUGAAGGAAAACUUCGCUGAUGUGCACGUUUCUGUGGUUGAAUGUCCAGAUCUUUCCCAGGAUCCAUUUAGGUUUCCAGCCAAGGGAAUUUGUGGUAAACCUCGGAUAACGGAUGUAGGAGGUGUGCCAUAUCUGAUUCCCGUGGCACAGCUGGAUAAGGUCUAUGACAUGGACACUGUUGCUAAGGAAGUAGAACUACCUGGAGCGUUCAUUCUUGGGGCAGGGGCCACUUCAUCUAAAAGUGUAGGAAUGAACGCUGAGCUGAUACCUCUGGUUCGAACAGAAAAUGAUGGGAUGUCAGCAGUGAACGGGAGCUACUAUGCAUCUAUCAAUCCGGUUGAUGACAAAUGCCUGCUGGAGAAAUACAGUGAUAAGUUCAAAGAUUUUGGUUUUGGACUCCUUGCUAAUCUUUACGCAUGCGAAGGGAAAUCUGGAAAGGUUAUAGAAGUAAAAGCCAGCAGGAGAACUGGAGCGAUCAGUCUCGUGACCAGUAUGAGGAAGACACUAGAGAUACAUUACAAUGACAAAUAUAUUGCAAUGGGAGGAACCUUUGUGAUUCAGAAAGGGAAAGCCAAGACUCAUGUUAUGCCCCGAGAAUUCUCCGCGUGCCCUCUCCGCACGGGCGAGGAAGUGAACAAGUGGCUGAAACAUUUUGAAAUGAGCGCCCCGCUCAUCUGCCAGUCGGUGCUCGUGUCCCAGGAUCCCGGACUGGACCUGCGACUCGAACACACCCACUGCUUUAGUCAUCAUGGAGAAGGAGGGCACUACUACACUGACACCACCCCAGACACAGUGGAGUAUCUGGGCUACUUCCUGCCUGCCGAGUUCGUGUACCGCAUCGACCGGCCUAAGAUCACCCAUGACAUCGGGCGGGACUGAAAUCCGGAAGAAAGGGAUUCACCUUUGUUAGAUGAUCAUGAUUUUUAAAAAAGUCAGAAACUCAACAUUUAUUCCUCUUCAUUUACUCAAAGGGCUCCGUAUUAUGUCCUUACCAGUCAUUUGUCUCUUUGUUGACUAAGACAAAUGUGUGUAUAAAAUGCAUUGAUUCUUAUUAGCUGCUGCAAAAAAAAUAAACAUUCAUAAAUUACUUUGA